GGUCGGGUUCGCGUAGGCAGCGCACUGGAGGAGGGGCGCGGCGCCCCGUCUCGAGUCGCGGCCGUCCGGGUCCUCCCGCGCGCCCUGUCGCCCGCCGGUCCUCCUGCAGCCCGCCUGCUGGGCAGGGCCGGCUCGGCCCGGCCAUGGAGUCCUACGAUAUCAUCGCCAACCAGCCCGUGGUCAUCGACAACGGUUCAGGGGUGAUCAAGGCUGGUUUUGCGGGAGACCAGAUUCCUAAGUACUGUUUCCCAAACUAUGUUGGACGGCCCAAGCACAUGCGGGUCAUGGCCGGAGCCCUGGAGGGGGACCUCUUCAUCGGACCGAAGGCAGAGGAGCACCGGGGGCUACUGACCAUCCGCUACCCCAUGGAGCACGGUGUGGUACGGGACUGGAAUGACAUGGAGCGUAUCUGGCAGUACGUCUACUCUAAGGACCAGUUGCAGACCUUCUCUGAGGAGCAUCCUGUUCUUCUAACGGAGGCCCCGCUGAACCCCAGUAAGAACCGGGAGAAGGCAGCAGAGGUGUUCUUUGAGACCUUCAAUGUCCCUGCACUGUUUAUCUCCAUGCAGGCCGUGCUCAGCCUGUACGCAACAGGACGCACAACGGGAGUGGUUUUAGACUCGGGGGACGGGGUCACUCACGCUGUCCCCAUCUAUGAGGGCUUUGCCAUGCCACACUCCAUCAUGCGGGUAGACAUUGCGGGCCGUGACGUCUCCCGAUAUUUGAGGCUGCUGCUGCGCAAGGAAGGGGCCGACUUCCACACCUCGGCUGAGUUCGAGGUCGUCCGGACCAUCAAAGAGCGAGCCUGCUACCUGUCCAUCAACCCGCAGAAGGACGAAGCUCUAGAGACGGAGAAGGUGCAGUACACCCUCCCAGACGGCAGCACGCUCGACGUGGGGCCCGCACGCUUCCGGGCCCCCGAGCUGCUCUUCCAGCCAGACCUGGUGGGGGAUGAGAGUGAGGGGCUCCAUGAAGUGCUGGCCUUCGCCAUCCACAAGUCCGACAUGGACCUUCGCCGGACACUGUUCUCCAAUAUUGUGCUCUCAGGGGGCUCAACACUCUUUAAAGGCUUUGGAGACAGGUUACUAAGUGAAGUAAAGAAGCUCGCCCCAAAGGACGUUAAAAUCAAGAUCUCAGCUCCUCAGGAACGGCUGUACUCCACAUGGAUCGGCGGCUCCAUCCUCGCCUCCCUGGACACCUUCAAGAAGAUGUGGGUAUCCAAAAAGGAAUAUGAAGAAGAUGGCUCCCGUGCGAUUCAUCGCAAAACCUUCUAAUGCCCAAGGAGGGUGGACAUAUUGGGAGACAGGGAGGAAAGGGGAGCCAGAGCCCUUGACCCCUUUUGGUCUGGGUUCAUGCUCUAGGCCUAGGGUCCCCUGCAUGCCCAGACCCCAGAGCAGGUGGUGCCGUCAUGCUCACCUGUAGCCCUCCCCUCCCCCUGUGCUCAACAUACACACACAGACACACAGAGAGUAAUGUUUAGCUGCAUGGAUGGCAGUCCCAAGCUGGAGCAUAGGAAUCGAAGAGUCCGCCAUCGAGUUGGUGUGGGCGACCCUCUCAGCAGGACCACUUUGGCCUGUGGUUCCUUGCUCCAUUCUUGAAGCUCCAAGACCAGACAUUCACAUGCUCCGUUUGUUCUGACAGCCUCCAACUGGGGCUAGAGUCCCUGGAUCACUGGAGUGGGCUGAGGGGGCAGCCAGGAGCUCCCAUUAGGGUGAUGAGGACAUUGGUGUGCCAAUUUCCUCUUCCUGGCUUGACAGGGCUGCCUGGACCCUUGGACACCCAGUUUUGCUGGGCAGAUGCCCUAGAUAGAACUGACUAAGGGAACAGUCCUCCAUUCCCCAAGAAGGAAUGUGGCCAAGGGUCAGCAUCAGAGCCAUGGGUAGCCACACCUUGUGGUCUGCCCCACUCCCUUUCAAAGCACUACUUUGAUUUGCUAUUCCCCGCCUUUCCCUCGGUGCCCUGGACAGGAAGGGAUUAUGGUCUCUUUAUUUGCUGAGGGGAAGCCACUUCAUCAGGCGUUAGACGCAAAGGGUAGGCACCUCACCUCCCUCAAGAAAGGUCUUCACCAUGGCCAGGGCCCCACCUCCCUCUCCAGAGCUGAACAAUAAUUUAACACAGUUGCCUGAAAAUGAUUCUUUUUAUAAAUCAUUAUAGUAAUAAUUAUGGACAAAGCCCAAUGUGUGGCUCUGAUUCUUGUGGCUUCCUUCAUGUGCUCUCAUUUGCUCGCUCAUCCUUGGGGACAUUGAGAGAAAGGACCAGAGGGAACUCGGCAUGACACUGGCAUAGCUCAGGAGCUUGAGGCCUUUGGUGGUUGGCAGGGCAAUGGGACUAGUGAGACUAGCCUCAUUACCCUCUUGCCGUGACCUGCUAGGGGAAGCAGAGCCAGGCUGCCUUCCCUGCAUAUUCCUGGACAGGGCCACCACGUGUGUCUCGCAUCUCACACAGGCCUGCAGGGGCACGCAGGUGCGGGCAGUGAUGCAGACUUAGCAGCCUAGGGCCGGAUGAGAAGGGCAGGGCAGCCUAAGAAUGGACGGUGCUGGACAGGAAGAAGCAGAACACAAUCAGGAAGUCCUUCAGGCAGUGAGGGCUCAACGGGCGGGCAGGGGUCUGUGCUUGUUAGUGUGUCAGCACGGCACGUCUUUGAUGGAGAACAAGACGGCGUAGCCCCACAAAGCAUUCAGCACUGAGAAAUCGCAGCCAUUUUGGAACAGUGUUGGGCUGACAGCGUGAGGGCGGAGCCAUUCGGUGGGGCAUGCUGGCUUGUUAGAGCUUGGGUCAGUCAGUGGUUAGGGAGAGCCUUUGAUGGUUGUUGGUGAGGAAGGGUAAACUGGCCUGUGGCACAGUGACAUAAACCAAAGAGGUCAGCUGGGCGAGGGUGUGGAGGAGGUUGUUGAGCUAUGUACUAGAUGACAAGUUUUCACUCUGGAAGGACAGUGACCAGAGCCAAGUGUUGAAAGCUACAGGCCAAACUACUGAUCAGGUAUGUGUGCAGGGGAUUCUGGGCGGCCGUAUAGUCAAAGCGUAGCAUCAGUUUACACAGCACCCUUUGCCGAGGGGCCCUGCAGACCAGCUCUUGUGCAGGGUUCUGCUGGCACCCCUGGCUCCUGUGUUCGGAACCUUCCUGCUGAGCUCCUCCUUCCUCACAGGCCCCUCUUGUCAGUCACCAAGUCCUGUCUCCUGCAGUCCCCCGUUACCCGUGGAGACCAUGACCCUGCUCCAUUCUGCCCAUCCAGUGUGUUUGCUCUCACAAUUACUGCGCGGGUAACCACCUCAGAUCUGUAAUGAGUUAUAAGCCAUACAAUAAAAUAUUCAUGAGUCCUUACA